AUGGCAGCGAUCAACGAGGGCAAAGAGUCGACGAAGGCAUCUUCAGCAAGUGAGGGCCGUAGCCUUAUCGCCCCUGAAGUUUAUGCCGCUCUAACGUCCAAGGCCACAAAAGCACUCACCACGCCGGAGGAUCCUCUGGUGUCGACGUUCGUGGUCGCGGGCGGUCACUUCGUGGACGGAGUGGUACUCUGUGUAAGCAUCUCGGAGGACACCAGCGUGCUGGCGGUGGGCAAGGCCGACUGCUUGAUCUACAUAUAUGGGCUAAAGCUGAAUGUGGCCGGAGAGAACGCUGACUGGAGCAGUGACGGCAACUUCAACCUCGUCGGCCAUCAGGUGCAGGUGACUCGCGGCGCCUUUUCUCCAAACCGAAAGCACCUAGUCACCUGGUCACCCGAUUUGGAAUUGCGUCUGUGGAACCUGGAAUCCCGCAGCUGUGUGGGCUUCAAACCCAAUGCCCAAAGACAUGUCAAACGCAUUGUGUUUGAUCCCUUCAGCAUCGUAUUUGUCACCAUCGGUGAACAAGGCGUAUUUGCUUGGGCAAAGACCGGCACUGAACCGGACACUAAGUUACGUCCCCAGUACCAAAUAUAUUACGCGCAUGCGUUGUCGGCCUGUGCGUAUCACCCGAAAAUAAACUACCUGGCCACUGGCUUCAUCAACGCCAAGGUCUGCAUGAGCAACAUGACCGCUGGGGUGACAUCUGAGGAGCGCUUAUUUGAGGGUCACACAAAAAGCAUCACCGCCCUGGCCUUCUCCAAGUGCGCUGAAUACUUGGUUGCAGGCGCCGAGGAUGGUUGCCUCAUUGUUUGGCAUGUGAUGACUCAGAUGAUAAUACGCCGCCUUAACCACCAUACGAGACGCAUUGCCUCGAUUGCCUUCGCACCAGAUAACGGGAGCUUCGCGGCCGGCAGCAAGGACACCUUCAUGAGUGUUUGGGACUUUGACCUCCUCGUACUCACCAAGAAGGAUAAAAACUUGGUCACUGAUGGGCUGCUGAGGGGCUCGCAAGCCAGCGAGUGUGGUACUGUCUACGAGGUUCGCUUUGUCACUAACAAACACCUAAUGGCCAUCUGCGUGGACAAGCCCGAGGAGAACGAGGAAGGCGAAGAAUCACUUUAA